AUGCCCUCACUCGCAGACUCACUGGCAGCGCUAUCGGAACAUUCCAAGCAGAUCUCAGAAGCUUGCUCGCACAACACUGAACCUCACGGGCCAUUCGUUCAGGUCCAAUUGUACACUUCAUUGUUCAGUCUCAUCCGCGAUGCAAGUCACAAGGAAGUCAGACUGUUCAAGUUUGUAGGGGAGGAAGGUAACGGAGGAAGGAGAAUUGAGAGACGUGAUGGUCCACUUGUGACGCCUUUGAAGAAGGCCAACAAGGCAGAGGGUGUAGAAAAUCUUGAAGCGAUGCUGCGUGCUGCACUGAAGCUCGUUGAAGACUACGGUCCGAUGCCCCGAGCCAGAUCGCACAUCAAAGACCUGAUCCGCACACAUGAUCAACAUGUCGACAGAAUGAUGGAGUUGGAAGAAUUGAUCGAAUUGGCCAGACAACCUCGAAAGGUUGCCCCGCCACCCACCUCUUCACCCAAGGGCAAAGCUAAGGUGGAUAUCGAUGAAAUCAUCCGAGCGGAAGAAGAAGCUCUCAAAGCCUUGGAGAACUCUGUGGCUAGUCUUCGUAUCCAAUCUCGACGAAGUGUCUCCCCUGAAAAGGUAUCACCGAUCGCGAAGGCUCCACGGAUCAGCGUUGCGGUUCACACGCCAGGCAAAACACCAACCUCGUCACACCAAAUCUCCAACUCUCUGGUCAGUGCGACUCCUCGAAGGGGUGCCCAGCCCAGUCGAUUCAGUCCUCUCAAGCUCUUGACAACGCCAAAGGUGCAAAAGGGUCGAAAGAGUAUCUUUGGCCGAGCGGGCAUUCGUGCACCUUCUGGAUCCGCUUAUACCAUUCCCCAAAUCGCCCCGGCAGUAGAGGAAGAAGAGGAAGGCAAUGAGACCAUCAGAUUAGCCAGCCGAGAAGAGCCGCCUAGUCCAAAGCCAUCGCCAUUCAAGACCCCAGCCAAGUCUAGCAAGGUGGAUUAUGAAUCGCAAUUCGUGCGAGAAGGCAUCAACAAGAUUCAAAGCACGAUGCCGGAACUGCUCAAAGACGUAGACGAUCCAGAUGCAGCAAUCCAACAACUCGGCCUUCUUUCCGAAUCCAAUCCCGAUGCCCCACCAUCACCGACUUCAUCUGCCUCUGCUCCUAGCCAGACAACUCGCCUGACUCCUCAGACUAUCAUGCUGGCCCAAUUUUACCUUAUCCUUCUGCAAUCACCUGACGGUACAGCUGUCAUGAAUGAGGUCAAGGAGGCACUGACGUCCAUUGCUCAAUCUCGAGGUUGGACCGACGGACCAGACCUCAGCACAAAGGUCAUUUACCAAAGCAUGGCCAAGAAGUGCACAAAGAUCGAUCGACGAGGAGGUAAUGGUGGACGAAUAUCAUUCGCUAUAUAG